CAGGUGUGCAAAAAUCAUAGGUUUUUUUUUUUGAAAAAUGCAAAUUUCUCUCUUCGCCAGUUUAGCGAUAUUUUGCUAUGCAUGUCGUUUUGGAUUGUUGGUUUCGGCAUCUAUACCUUUCCUGCCCAAGGAUUGCCAAGACAUCCUCUGGUCAGGUCAAAAGAAAAGCGGUGUCUAUACAAUUUAUCCUCAAGGAACCGGUGGAUUUAAGGCAUUUUGUGACAUGACCACGGCGGGCGGCGGAUGGACGGCAAUUCAAAAGAGAAAAAAUGGGAAAAUUGGAUUCAAUAGAUUUUGGAAAGAAUAUCAAUAUGGCUUUGGAGAUAUCGGUGGAGAGCAUUGGAUUGGAAAUCAGCGCAUACAUCAGAUAACAUCGCAAGGUUGGUACGAGCUCAGAAUUGAAAUGUCAGAUUUCAAGAACAAGAGAAAAUAUGCGCUAUACCGAAUUUUCUCUGUCGGAAGCAAAAAAACUGGCUAUCGAUUGACUGUUGGGGAAUAUGAAGGAAAUGCAGGAGACUCCUUGGGAUACCACAAUGGAUGCUCAUUUUUCGCACGAGACCGAGACACCAAUUCGUGUUCCCAUAGAUUUAAAGGAGGAUGGUGGUAUAAAGCCUGUCACCAUGCCAACCUGAACGGGUUAUAUCUGAAGGGAGACCAUUCAUCAGUUGCAAAUGGAGUAAAUUGGUACCACUGGCAUGGAUACCAUUAUUCGUUGAAAACAACAGAAAUGAAGAUCAGAAGACAAUAUAUAAUCGAACAUUUUUGUCUCACAACUCUCAUUUGUGUAACAUCCACGAUGAUGAAGACACGGCUUUUUUUCCUGUUUGUUAUUUUUGUGAUUGGAAAUUCUGCUAAAAUUUACAGAAGAACACCAUUUCUAUCAGCGUUCUUUCCCCAGGACUGUCAGGAUAUUUUAUGGUCAGAAACAACAGAGAAUGGUGUAUACACUAUCUACCCGAGAGGCACUGGAGGGUUCAGAGUGUACUGUGAUAUGAAGACAGCUGGGGGCGGCUGGACGGUUUUCCAGAAACGCAAAGAUGGACGGGUAAAUUUCAACCGGAAUUGGGUAGACUACAAGUAUGGUUUUGGAAACAUUGGUGGCGAAUAUUGGUUAGGUAAUCGACGAAUUCAUCAGCUGACGUCACAGGGCUGGUACAUGUUACGGGUGGAUAUGUCAGACUUUACAGGAAAGACUAAAUAUGCAGAGUACCGGGUGUUUUCUGUGGGAAACCAGAGCAGUGGAUUCAAAAUCACGGUGGACGAGUAUAGAGGAAAUGCUGGGAAUGCACUGUCGUAUGUGAAUGGACAACCCUUUAUUACAAAAGACAAAGAUAGGAAUAAUUGUUCUCGGAAAUACAAAGGCGGAUUUUGGUACAAAGCUUGUCACUACGCUAACCCCAAUGGUCUGUACCUAAGAGGAAGACAUGCGUCUUUUGCGGAUGGCGUGAACUGGAAGCAGUGGCAUGGUUAUCAUUACUCACUGAAAACCAUGGAGAUGAAAAUCAGAAGACUGUAGAUACCUAAUUCCGGUCAGAGGAGGAAUGUAUAAAACCUUUUCUUGUUUAAAUAAAACAGUG